GAUGUUCGCCAGGCAGGGAAGCUAAGAAAGGAUUUCAGAAGCAGAGUUUGAUUGAGGAAAUCGCUGGGUUGCUCUGUUUUUUCUCUCUUCUUUAGCGAAAAUACUUCUCUGGAAAGCUAGAAAGAAAGCAGCAAAGGGUCAAAGGGUGCGCUAUGAAUUCAUUUCUAAGCCGAGCACUGGCAAAAACUGCCUCCUCGCGGCGUCGGUUUCUACAGCAUCCCUCCCUCUUUCUGCAAUCUUAUGCCGCCACCACCAAAGCCACCUACACCGGCUAUAGUGCAAGACGUAAACCUAGUUAUAAGCUGGAAGACCCCAAGGUCUUGGAGCCCACCGCCGCCGCCACCACUGGAAGGCCGGAACUCAGAGGAAAGCCAGCUCCAAAGGUGUGGGAGAGGCCGAGCGAGAUUCCGUUUCAGACCAAGGUUUCCAAUUCGGUGAGCUUGAUCGGAAAAGUCCACAUUCCCGUCCAGUUCGAAGCCUCUCCUGAUGGCAAGUACUGGGCUGGGACCGUUAUCACCCAGGACCAUGAGGCUGACUCUUCCGCUCUUUGGAUUCCGAUAAUUUUCGAGGGUGAUUUGGCUCAUAUUGCUGCUUGCCAUUUGAAAGAAAACGAUUGCAUUCAUGUAGCUGGAGAACUGAGUGCAGAUCCGCCUCAUCCGGAUUCAAAUCAGGGUCAGGCCACUAUGCAAGUUAUAGUGAAUAGCCUCAACUUCGUCAAGGGAUAUCCUCAAAUUAAGAAAAGUUUUACAUCUCACAAGAAAGAGAUAUCAUCAGAAAAUUCUGUGGGGGAGAAGAAGGGAACGAAAGCACCAGAAGCACAUCUAGGGACUGACUCAUUUUUGGCUGGUGAAAGGAAAAGUGAGGACCCUGUAUUAAAUUCUUGGAGAGAACUUCUUGAUAAUCCAAAGCAAUGGCGGGAUUACCGUAGUAGUAAGCGCAGUGGAUCGGUGAAGCCAAGAUACCCUGAUUUUAGAAGUAAGGUUGGUAAUCAAGCACUCUGGCUUGACUCGGCCCCAGCAUGGGUUUUGUCAGAACUUGAAGGAUUAAAGUUUGACGAAGUAAUGCAGAAUAAAGGUGAUGAAUCAUGGAAGGACUUGGUGGAAAACCCAGAUAAAUGGUGGGACAAUAGACUGACGAAGACGAAUACAAAAGCUCCCGACUUUAAGCACAAAGAAACUGGGGAGGCGUUAUGGCUUAAGGGAUCCCCCACUUGGGUGCUACCAAAGUUGCCGCCUCUCAAAAGUAAACAAGGUGUGGUAUGGAGGGAUACAUUGCUAUCUUGAGGAUGGGAGUUAGGAGGUGAUCAGGUAAGGUGCAUUUUUCAGCCCAACUGCAACUUUUUGUGCUCGUUGUCUUGAAUGGUGAUUGAAGUUUCCAAAAAGAUGUAUGUAAGCUUUCUUUCACCUUUUAAACGAUGAGAUAGUUUGAUGGUUUAAACUGUCUGUACUUUUAGAGAGAUUCACCUGUCUACUUAUAGUAGUUGCUGUACAUGAAAUGUUUACAAACAAAAGAAGAUUUUGCAAUUUCAAACUAUCCUGCUAUCUUUUAGCUUUAUCAGCUUUA